AGUGAGUGAGGAGGAGGAGGCGGCGGCGAGGAGGAGGAGGAAGAGGAGGAGCGGAGUCAGAGCGCGGCGGCGGCGGCGGCAGCGGCAGCGGCAGAGGCGGCCGCGGCGGGGACCAUCCCAGAGAGACCCCGAGCCCGCGGCGCAGGCGGCGGCGGCGGCGGCUGAGCGGGCGCGACCGGCGGAGAGAGCGAUCGAGCGAGAGGCGGUUCGGCUCCUCCUCGUCCGGCGCCCAGCGGCCCGCGCUCGCACUCGGCCCGCGGAGACCCGCCUCCCCCGCCGGCCUCGAGAGGGACGCGCCGAGCCGGCGGCCGCGGAGCCGCGGCGGAAAGUGCCUGCGGGGGCGGGGAGGGCGCGCGGUCCGGCCGCCCGGCGCGGGAGCGAAGCGGAGCGGGACGCCGAGUCCCGAGCGGCCGGCAGCCGGGGCUCCCCGCCCCUCCCUCCCUCUCCGGCGGCGGCGGCGGCGGCGGCGGCGGGCGGAGUGAGCUGCGGAGCCUGGAAUAUGGUCGGGGAAAUGGAAACGAAGGAGAAGCCGAAGCCCACCCCAGAUUACCUGAUGCAGCUGAUGAACGACAAGAAGCUCAUGAGCAGCCUGCCCAACUUCUGCGGGAUCUUCAACCACCUAGAGCGGCUGCUGGACGAAGAAAUCAGCAGAGUGCGGAAAGACAUGUACAACGACACGCUGAACGGCAGCACGGAGAAGAGGAGCGCCGAGCUGCCCGACGCCGCGGGGCCGGUGGUCCAGCUGCAGGAGAAGCUCUACGUGCCUGUGAAGGAGUACCCGGACUUUAAUUUUGUUGGGAGAAUCCUUGGACCUAGAGGACUUACAGCUAAACAGCUUGAAGCAGAAACGGGAUGUAAAAUAAUGGUCCGAGGCAAAGGCUCGAUGAGGGAUAAAAAGAAGGAGGAACAGAACAGAGGCAAGCCCAACUGGGAGCACCUCAACGAGGACCUGCACGUGCUGAUCACCGUGGAGGACGCCCAGAACAGGGCGGAGAUCAAGCUGAAGCGGGCCGUGGAGGAGGUGAAGAAGCUGCUGGUGCCCGCAGCAGAGGGAGAAGACAGCCUGAAGAAGAUGCAGCUGAUGGAGCUGGCGAUUCUGAACGGCACCUACAGAGACGCCAACAUCAAAUCACCAGCCCUUGCCUUUUCUCUUGCAGCCACAGCCCAGGCUGCUCCGAGGAUUAUUACCGGGCCUGCGCCUGUCCUCCCCCCAGCUGCCCUGCGCACCCCGACGCCGGCCGGCCCCACCAUAAUGCCUUUGAUCAGACAGAUACAGACCGCCGUCAUGCCGAACGGGACCCCUCACCCCACCGCCGCGAUAGUUCCUCCCGGGCCCGAAGCUGGCUUGAUCUACACCCCCUAUGAGUACCCCUACACGCUGGCACCAGCUACGUCGAUCCUUGAGUACCCCAUUGAACCUAGUGGCGUAUUAGGUAUGGCUUUCCCAACGAAAGGCUAAGAAUUCAAGAACGGUCUUAACUGAACCCUCAUCAGAUCUGAAUUUAACAAAUGCUUAGUCUCAGCAGCCUCUGGGGGGGAGGGAAGCUUAGCCUAGCAGUCAGUGACUUACUUGCACUUUUGCACACUGAUAGGAAGUAAAAGUAUGUUAUUAAUUUGGUUUAGUCUAUAACCUUACAAAGUAACGGUAAUUUAUAAAGGAGUGUGUAGUGGUAUACUGACUGCUAAGUGUACUAUACUGUUUGCUUUACUAAUCACCUAAUUCAUUGCGGUUCAUACUUAUUGACUCAAAGUUUAAAACCACAAUCUGUAGGCUUUACGAAUUGCUCAUAAACCUUUUUACGUGAUAAACUCUGGAAGCGGUCUGAAGGUUAGCCAGUCAUUGUCAGCAUUGAGCAUGGCGUGCUUUUAAGUGGUCCUGUUGCGAGAAAAGCACUUCAGUGAAUAUGUGACUAGUAAAGCGUAAAUGUUUGUUUGGGAAUCAUAGAGUUCAUGAAAUACUGUGUCUUGGGAUUAUGAGUUAAUGGAUAAAAUAGGUUAAGGCCAAGAUGUUUGAAAUAAAUGCAAUAUUAAUAGACGCAUAUAUACGCAACAUAUUAUGGUUAAUUUUAAAACUACUGUGCCUUAACGUGUUUCUUAAAAUGAAGUUUUUGUAGUAAAUGAACAUUUGAAAUCCAUUUUGAUAAACCUGUUAAUGUUUGUUUUUUCCCCCUUGUGAAUGUUUUCUAACUUUGUCUUGGUAAUUGCAAUUUAACUAGGUGCGGUGGCUACUAAAGUUCGAAGGCACGAUAUGCGUGUCCAUCCUUACCAAAGGAUUGUGACCGCAGACCGAGGUUAGUUUAGUUCUGCAGUUCUUGUUUCUGAGAAAUGCGUCGGGUGUCUGUACAGUUUGCAACACCACACCUGAUGGAAAAACACAUAACUGUUUACCUGCACAGCGUUUCUUUUCCUUUUCUAAAUUAAUUUAUAAUUGACAGAUUUAAGGGGUGGGUUUUUCGGGAUGCAUUUUUGUGUUUUUUUCCCUCCCUUCAUAUUUUAACUUAUUAAAUUCUAUUAGUUUGUACUAUGAUUUCUUCCUACUAAAACACGUAUUAGUCCAUUUGGGGAGCUAUGAAUUUUUGUUUUCUCCUUAAUUGUUUCUCAAUAAUAAUUUUUGCUAAAAGUUUUCUUUUAAUUGUUCUGAAAUUUUGGGUUGGUUUUGCAAAAUGAACUGAGCGGAUGGUGCUUUAAUGAGAGAAGUAAAGGAAUAUAUGCCUCCUGUGUUCUUUGGAGAAAAUUGAAGAUUUAUUUUCCCAUUUCCCUUUUUAAUAUGACAUUUGAGCCACUGUACAAACAUGAGGUUAUACAUGUCAAGUACUUAGCUGAGAUCAGCAAAGUAAAGACUGUGAAGAGAACUUUGGUGCAGUUGGAUCUUAUUUAUAAGUCAGAAAAUCAAUUCCCUUUUAUUAUAUUUUCUUCCAAAAUGGAUCCUUUGAUUUUUGUCAUUUGCUGCUAAAAUAUAUUUUCUGAAGGUAAACUAUCUUUGGAAGUUCUGUGGUGACACACAUCCAGCUGUUGGAGCAUCUUUUUUGACUGACCUGUGACUGGAAAUAAGUCUUCACUUUUCUCCUUUUCAGCAUUUGUAAUCUGUGUCCUAUAUAUUCCCUUGGACCCUUUAAGAAUUAUUUAUGUUUAUUGAGGAGUGAUAUUUUCGGUUUAUUGACAUUGAAUUCUUUUUCUGAGUUUGAGAUCAUAAGAUAGGAAUCCAAAGCAAGGCAGAAGAGAAUUUUUUAUAAGCUUUUUUUUUUUUAUGGCACAUUUAUUACCUACCGAUUUAGUUAAUCUAACUAAUACCAGUUUGGAAAAGUGAUGGAUUAAAACCUCAAUUCUACAUCUUCUAUGAACUUGUGAAAGAUCUAUCUAUACUUUGCAUAGUUACCUUGAACACUGAUGAUAAAUAUUGGACGCAGCUGUUGUCCAUGUCAGAAUAAAAUACCUUUCCAAAGAUAUCGAUGAUAUUUAUUUAGCAUAAUAUAUAAUUAAACAGCCUCGAAGAUUUUUAACUAAUAUGUUACUUGUAGCGAUUUAAUGAACAAAAUGAAGAGACCCCCGGCUCGGUGGCCAUCUGUGAGGACAGUGCUCCUUGUGAGUGUCCCGUGCGCGCGCGUGCGCAGCACUCUGCUCACACCGGGGCGCGCCUCCUCGCCACGGAGGGCGCUCUUCCCCGGGGCGGGGGGGGGGGGGAAUCGUGCAGAUUUGAGGAACCCCAGUAAUUCCAUGAAUGAUUUAAACUUUUCCCCGUAGUUACUGUCUGAAAUAGGGGGAUUUGGAAGUAGAUUUUCUUUUGUUAACCUUUCCUUGUACACCCCUUUUAGAGUUUCCAUAAUUUCGUUUUAACACAGUAAUUAUUGGCCUACUCAGUACUCCAGUGCCUUGAGAUAGUUGAAAAUACUAGGAAGAUUUUAUUGUAUUUCAAAAUAAGAACACAUUCCAUGCAUGGCUCUUUUGUGUUUUCAUUAGUCCUGUCACUGUUUCUAUUCAAAAUGCAAUGUCAGCAAACCGAAAUGCUACCUUUUCCCUCUGAAUAACAGAGUCCUCUGUACACUGCUGUUGCUGUCACUGUGCGCACUCACUGGGUCUGAGGGAGACGUCUGAAGUCCUUCACUUUUAAAUUAUUUUAUGAUACUACUGUUUUCUCUAUAGUUUUGAGGGUUUUUUAUUAUUUUUUUAAUCUUUUGAGGGGAAGAUUAAUAUAAGUGUUCAUUUAAUGCGAGGAAGCUCAGCCCUUGGACCUGUAGCCGUGUAGUUAAUUAUGUGCGAGCAUCCAGAGCACGGCAUGGUUGACAGACGCCUAGUUUGUCACUAAAAGUAAACCCACCUCUGCGUGUUGCAAAACUGAAUCUGAAGCCUAUGAAAGACCAACUGACUCUUUAGUCAAAGGGAACCCUACCUUAUUUUGCACGGUUGACACGCCUGUGUGUACUGUGGGGGCCAGGACUGGGCAGAGGAGGCGUUCUAGGUGUGCUGGUGUGCUUGGGAAUGGUGGUCUGCUCUCUCUGUGGGCUCCACGUGCAAAAACAAGAACAUUUCUGAAUGGUGGUUUUACAGAAACCAUUAUUUAUACAGUUUGUAUAAGAAACUUAAUACAAUUUUAAUCGAUUAUAGUUAGCAUGGAAAACGCUUUGAGACUCUGUGUCUCUGGAGGGCCUAAUGAAGCCACGUGGCUACAUCCGGUGAACCGUGUGUCUUCUGCUUUGAUUGCGGAGUAGCCGUUUGUGUCUUAAAUGGAAUUCCACUAUUUUUAAGAAAUUCAGGGAUGAUUUGGUCACACUAAAGAUACAGUAUUUUUGUAGUAUUUUUACACUAUUCUAAAUGAUAGACUGCAGAAAGCAUUUUUGUCAGGUGAGGGCAAACCAGUCGACUACGUAGACCAUUUGACUCUGUGAACGUUAGACCUACUGGGUUCCAAUUUACAAAGCGGCACAGAAUCUACCUUUGCACUGAAGCAUUUCGUAUCUCCUCUGCCGUAGUCACAGUGGCCACAGUACAGAAAAUUCUUUCAAACCUCAGAAUAUAGUAGAAAUAAUUAAGCUGUUGAAUGAGUCUUAAAAAUCAUACUACUGUUAAGUGGACCAAGUUUGGUGAAGCAGAACGUGACAGUGUUGAUUAAGGAAGGAACAACUCAAGGACAUUGGGGACGAGAACUUUUCCACUUGAGAACUACUUUAUGUUUUACUGUAAUUUUAAAGAUUUUUUUUGUUCUGUUUGUUAUUUUGCAAAAGAAAAUAGUAUUUACAGGUGGCUUCUUUUAAAAUAUAUAAAGCAGGAAUGUAUAUGAAAUGUCAGAUUUUAUUGUAUUUGCAGAGAAUUAGCUUUGAAGUUGAAUAAAGAAAGCUGUAGUUUUAAAAUGCCUUAUUGGUAUCAAUUAGAAAUUUCUUCUAUUUUUUGAUGUACUUAGAGCUUUUGAGUAUAGAGUUUUAAAUGGCAGGAUUUCACAGUGUUUACAUGCAAGUGCAUUUUAUAAGUGUUCUAUAUGUGUAAAAUAGUAUUUCCAACUGGAAAGUGUGGGCCAGCGCACAAAGGGCCUGGCCCUCUCUGGUUCCCACGACGUUGCCUACACCGCUAGCCUGCAGGUUAGUGUCGCUCUGUGUCCUGAGGCCAGAGACCCCGUGUCGUUUGUAAAUAGAACAAUUGAAAAAGCAAUAAACAUUUAUUGAACAAAA